AUGGUUGUCGAUCCUGAGACCGACCUUUUCCGCAAGCUGAUUGAUCCAAACUUUCCCGAUAUUGUCGAUAUUAUGAAACAAUGUCCACUGGUAAUGGUAAACUCUAACGAGCUUUACGAGGCACCAAGACCAACACUGGCAAAAAUUGUGAACAUUGGCGGUGUGGGAAUGGAAUCUAAGGAGGCCAAUACUCUACCUGCUGAGUUUCAACGAAAAAUAGACGCUGGUGUGGGAUUGGUGGUGUUUUCCUUCGGCUCCGUUGCUCCUAGUCACAAGAUGCCACUGGUGUGGAAAAAAACUUUUCUCGAUGCUUUCAAGAGCUUUCCAAAACACCACUUCGUCAUGAAAUAUGAAGGAACAGACUUGCAAGAUCAGCUUCCUCCAAAUGUGUACGUGUUCAAAUGGUUGCCUCAAACCGCUCUUUUAGCACAUCCUAAAACGAAAGCGUUCAUUUCUCAUGGAGGCUAUAAUAGUUUACAGGAAGCGAUCAUUGCUGGCGUUCCCUUGGUCACCAUAGCGCUGUUUGGCGACCAACCAAAGAAUGCAAUGUUGGCCGAGAAGCAUCGAAUUGCUGUGAAUCUCAGAAAAGGCAACCUUACCGUCAGUGCCAUUGUGAAUGCGCUUCAAGAGCUUUUCAGUGAUCAAAGUUACACGCAAAAUAUCAAGCGACUAUCGAGCAUGGUUAAGAAGAGACCAGUGAAGGCUGAACAUCUUCUGGUGGCUUGGGCGGAGUUCGUUGCUGAAUUCAAAUCUCUUGAGAACUUAGUUCCUGCUGGCAACAACCUUAAUUUUUUCCAGUACCAUUCUAUUGAUGUUAUCGCAUUCUUGUUUACCGUUUUGAUUUCGAUUAUUUUCGUUGCAUACAAGUUCUUACUUUUCAUUUUUAGGAAGCUGUACCGUUUAAUAUUUCAUGCUAGGAAGGAAAAAAAGGCAUAG